AUGCUCUUCAACGCCCUCCUCGCUGCCACUUCGGCGUCGCUUGCGACUGCCGCCGCCCUCCCCCUCUCCCCGCGUGCCAACGCUAGCAUCACCGACUUCACUACGUCGCCGGUGUCGUGGUCGUUCCCUCCCGGCCGUGGCUUCUCGGCUCAGACUGCCACUGAGGCCCCUUGCGGUGGCUUCGCCGCAACCACUCCUACCACUUUCCCUCUCACCAACGGCCAGAUCUCGCUCCUCCAGGAGACUGCGGUCGACGACCUCAACUUCCUGUGGUACAAGGGCUCGAACCCCACCAAGUUCCACGAGUUCAGCACGUACACCAACACCAUCGCGGACAUUGGUGCCGGCCACUACUGCGGUCACGCCCCGGACUUUUCCUCGCUCGGCUUUGUCGACGGCGACGUUGCCACCCUCCUCCUCAUCUACUACCUCGACGGCCAGAAGGAGUGGUACUACCAGUGUGCGGACGUCAAGCUCGUCGAGACCUCGAGCUACGUUAAGACCGCCGACUACGUCUGUGGCAACUACACCUCGGAGCUCGAAGUCGCCUCGGAGGCGGACAGCCUCCAGCUCAACGGCGGUAGCUCGCUGACGAGCGCCACCAUGCCCGCCGACAUGGUCCACCCCACCACUGGCGCCGCUGCCGCCGCCGCCUCGGUCACUGGUUCGUCAUCGUCGUCGUCGAGCGUCAACACCGACUCUGGCCUCUCGGCCGCUGAGGGUGGUGGUAUCGGCGCCGGUGUCACCUUUGGUGUCAUUGCUCUGAUCCUCGCCGCUCUUUAUGCCACUGGUCGCGUCCACUUUGGCAGGCGCAACGCUCCCGUCUCGCUUGACUCGUCGAGCUCGUCGUCGUCGCUUCCCAUCAAGCAGCGUGCUGUUUAA